AUGCCAGCCCCCAAUGUUGCUGAGACCCCGGCUGCCAAUGAUCGCGCCACCUCCCAGCCAGCCUCUUCUUCCAGCGCACCGACUUCGUCUACACCAGCCAUGGCUGCUGCAGAUGCCCCGACCAAGAAGAACCGCCUACACCUUCCGUUGCCGUCUCGCAGGUCUUCCAAAACCGACCAACAAUCGGCAUCGGAGAAGGCCGCGGAGGCGACUCAGGACGAUCCCAGUCGGAGAGGAUCAAGAGUUAGCAUGUUGAAUCUCGCGAGAGAACGUAGCCGGGCAAGCAGUAGAAGGUCGCGGCGGACUCAGCAAGAUGCGACUACCGUCGACAAAAGCCCAGAAACGGCUCAGCCAACUUCGUCUGGGACCAACAGUCCUUCGAAGCCCUUACAGAAGAAAGGAUCUAAACUGUUCUCGUUUCUGAGCUGCUGUACCUCUCCAGAAGUUGAUGGCGAUGACAAUGCAGUGCCUCCCAAGAAGACCUCUAAACAGGCGGUUGCCUCCAACCGGCUACCCGCGACAGACAAGACCGAGACCCCUGCUGGCGACUCUAGUACAGCAGUGUCCAAGGAACCGACUGACUUCGGGGACGAGAAAGCUGCUGCACUGGCAGGCGACCAGUCCCGUUCUCGCGAAGCAGAACCUUCUGCUUCUACUCUGACCGGCCCCCAGGCCGACGGAACCUCCGGCGAUGUUCUUACAACUGGGGUCCCUAAUGACGGCUCUCAGCGGCACGAAGAAUCUGCAUUCGCAACCAACGGUGUGGCACCAGAACCUCGAGAAGGUAUGGCCAAGGUUGAUGAGGAAGAUUCCUCGUCGCAUAUCCCUACGACCGCCGAAAGGGCCCCCAAGGCAGUUGCUGGUGAGACGGACGAGACCCCUUCGCAAGCUGAGGAGGUUUCUCAAUCAGUCACCGUUUUGCCUCCUCCCCCACCCCCACCAGUGCCAGAGGUCGCCGCGGAGAGAGGGCAGCAACAACAGUGGUUGCUGCCACCUGCGCUGCCCCACCUCGCAAACCGCAAGUGCUUAGUCUUGGACCUCGAUGAGACGCUCGUGCAUAGCAGCUUUAAGGUGCUCGAGCGGGCGGACUUCACGAUUCCGGUCGAGAUCGAAGGACAGUAUCACAAUAUCUAUGUGAUCAAACGCCCAGGUGUGGAUCAGUUCAUGAAGCGGGUUGGGGAGCUGUACGAAGUCGUCGUGUUUACAGCGUCUGUUUCAAAGUACGGUGACCCUCUACUGGAUCAGCUGGACAUUCACAAUGUGAUCCACCACCGUCUUUUCCGGGAGAGUUGCUACAAUCACCAGGGAAACUAUGUCAAGGAUCUUUCACAAGUUGGCCGUGACUUGCGAGAGACCAUCAUCAUUGACAAUUCGCCCACUUCGUACAUCUUCCAUCCUCAGCACGCUAUUCCUAUCAGCAGCUGGUUUUCUGACGCGCAUGACAACGAACUGUUGGACUUGAUCCCAGUUCUCGAGGAUUUGGCCCAGGCCGAAGUUCAAGAUGUCAGCAUGGUACUGGACAUUACCCUAUAA